GUAUCAUAUGCUUGCAGAUCAUUUUUUUAAUUUAUAUUAGCAAUUGUAGAAAUUAGAGAGUCCAAAUAUUACAAAAUAAAACAAGAGUUAGAACUAUUAGAAAAGUUAUCUAAAAUAGAAGAAAAAGCUUUAAAUUUUCUUCAAAAAAAAAUGACGGAU